UAAACUUUCGCUGUUUAGAUGUGUGUAGCUGACGUGUUUACGACUGUAUUAUAAAUCUAUACCGUAGCAGUAAUUCUGCGCAUGUCAGGAACACGACAAAGACGCAGGAGAGAGAAGUUUAGCCGGAAAAAUGAGCGCACGCGGUUUGGCAGAAGAGGUGGAUGAGAAGGUGCUCCAUGCAGCUUUUAUUCCUUUCGGAGACAUCAUCGACAUCCAGAUCCCGCUGGACUAUGAAACGGAGAAGCACAGAGGGUUUGCAUUCAUCGAAUUUGAGCUGGCAGAGGAUGCUGCAGCAGCUAUUGAUAACAUGAAUGAGUCUGAACUUUUUGGAAGGACUGUCCGCGUCAAUAUCGCCAAGCCCAUGAGAAUCAAAGAAGGUUCUUCUCGACCAGUGUGGUCGGAUGAUGACUGGUUGAAAAAGUUUUCUGGGAAGACCGUAGAAGAAGCUGAGGCAGAGGCAGCAGCUGGAGAAACACCCCAAACUACAGCUCAGGAGGGUGAGCCGCCGGCUAAAAAAGGCAGAGUAAAUCCUCAGGUCUACAUGGACAUAAAGAUCGGCAACAAGCCAGCAGGGAGACUGCGCUUCCUGCUCCGGGCUGACAUUGUUCCCAUGACAGCAGAGAACUUCCGCUGCUUGUGCACUCACGAAAAGGGCUUCGGCUACAAGGGCAGCAGCUUCCACCGCAUUAUCCCUCAGUUUAUGUGUCAAGGAGGCGACUUCACCAACCACAACGGCACGGGCGGGAAGUCCAUCUAUGGCCGGAAGUUUGAUGAUGAAAACUUUGUCCUUAAACACACCGCUCCAGGGCAACUCUCCAUGGCGAACUCUGGGUCAAACACAAACGGCUCUCAGUUCUUCAUCACCACUGACAAAACAGACUGGUUGGAUGGCAAACAUGUGGUGUUUGGAGAGUUGGUGGAGGGGAUGGAUGUGCUGCGAGCAAUGGAGGCUCAGGGAACAAAAGACGGAAAGCCGAAGCAGAAAGUGAUCAUCUCAGACUGUGGAGAGUAUGUGUGAACAAAAAGCAAAGUGUGUGUGUUUGUUUGUGUGUGUGAAUGAAAGCAGCACAUGUCUGAGAGCAAGAUGAUCUUUUGCUGUUUUGUACUAUGAAACCAGAUCUUCUGCCAUGUAAAUAUUUCAAUAAACUCAUUUUAUAAUGAAA